UAGAGAUCCAUUCCUUCAUGAUGAAUCUCUGGAUCGGAGUUGUGCUGUUGCUGCUUGGCGUACCACAUUCUCAAGGAUGCGGGCAAAAACCAUUUUCGGCGAGAGUUGUGAAUGGUGAAAAUGCUGCGCCUCACGCUUGGCCUUGGCAGAUUUCACUCAGAGUAAAUGGUCGACAUAUCUGUGGAGGAUCACUUAUUGAAGAUGACUGGGUUGUAACUGCUGCUCAUUGCGUGGAAAGGAAUCCAUCGCCGAGUGGCUACACUGUAGUCGUAGGAGCCCACAUAAGAACUGGAACAACCUCCGUGCAGCAGACCUUCAAUUUACGGCAACUGUUCAAACAUGAAAGUUUCAACAUGAGAGAGCUCCGUAACGAUAUAGCUCUUCUACAGCUGAGUGGGCGAGUGAAGCUGAGCGAUAAAGUAAAUACCGUUUGCAUGCCACAGCCAGGAGACAAGGUGUCACCUGGAUCACGAUGUUAUAUUACAGGUUGGGGAAGAAUGGUUGGAGGUGGACAAGCCGCUUCAACUCUCCAACAGGCUGUGUUGCCGGUCGCCGAUCACAAAAGCUGCCAAAGUGUUAACGGUUAUAUGGUUAGUGUUGAUGAAGACUCCAUGGUGUGCGCUGGAGGCGAAGGCAAAGGUGGAUGCCAGGGAGACAGUGGCGGCCCAUUUGUUUGCAACGAAGGAGGGCGAUGGGUUUUGAGAGGUGCUGUGAGCUGGGGUCAUGGAAAGUGCAGGACAGAUCAUUACACAGUGUUUGCUCGUGUGAGCAAUUUCGUGGAUUGGAUCAAACAAAAGCAAUCAAGUGGAGGCGGUGGAAACGGCGGAGGUGGAGGAGGAGGCUGCAGUGACAGGAAUCCAAACUGCCGACAUUAUCUGCAGUACUGCAGAUGGGACCAAAACAUUCGACGAUUGUGCCCUAAGUCGUGUCGCCUUUGCUAGAUAGAGAGUGAGGACCCGCCACAACACGGAAUGGACUUAUUUCACCAGAAUGAAGAAACAUUGUUGAUUUUGUCACGUAGAAAAGUCCAAUAAACUAGCUUAAAUGCUCAAUACUUAAA